ACCAGAAAAGACAGCUUCUUCAUGUAGUUGAAGAAACGGCAGGGGCAGAGGAAGCAACACACAUAGGGACAGACAUGCAGACAGGGGCAGCAGGGCCAAGUACCAUAGGGGCAGAAGGAGAGACUGUCUCUCUUGAGGGAGGGAAAACAGGUAAGUUCAACUCAUGACAAAGGAGCAGUAAUCGAUUCCUUCAGUUGUUUAUGUAUAUUUUCUGUGUUAUAUAAAAGCUGGCAAACACAGAAAGUCAGGCUGGAACCCGGAGUGGCUGCAGUUACCUCAGUUCAAAGCCUGGCUUUACACCACUCCACAUGGAAUGUUUUGCCGUAUUUGCAGGCAGCAUAAGCCACCUGUAAGGAAUGGUCCUACAAAAAGACCCUUUGUGGAGGUUGGUGCUCUCCAUUACAGGAAGGAUUACCUGGAGCACCACAUCAGUACUGAACACCACCAACUGAGUAUGAAAUCCCAGCAGUCAGUCGCAUCAGAUACCUGGAUAAUGAGGGACUGGUUUUCAACCAGUUCCUAGACAUUGUCUCAGUCCCUGAUGGGAGGGCUGACACUAUUGUAACUGCCAUUAAAACGGUCCUAAUGAAUAAGAAUAUGCCAACAGAGAAGCUCUAUGGAAUUGGCACAGACGGUGCUGCUGUUAUGACAGGGCGUUUGAAUGGAGUUGUGAAACAACUCACUGAUAGCUUCCCCAAGGUUGUUGGUGUUGCUUGUGCUGCUCACCGGCUUGCACUGGCCUGUAGGGAUGCUUCCAAUGGUGUCAGAUACAUGGCAAUUUUCCGAGACCACCUCCAGGACCUGUAUUUGUACUUCCAACACAGUGCAAACCGGACUGCAGCACUGAAGACUGCUGCUACUACCCUGGGACUAGCUGACUUGAAGUUGAAGCAAGUAAAAGAUACAAGAUGGCUGUCCCAGCACCAGGCCAUUGUGGUAUUGCAGCGAAACCUCGCAGCUGUGCUUGCCACAUUAGCUGAGGAAGUUGAAGUGAAACGAUGCCCAGUGGCCAAGGGACUGUACACCUUUUGUGCCACUUACAGAUUUGUGGCAUCAUUAUAUCUGCAGGCAGAUGUACUGCCACAUCUUGCCCGUUUGUCCAAGAUUUUUCAGAAGGCAAAUGUGAACUUCCUGCACAUAAAGGAACAGGUUCCCAUCACAAUUGAAACCUUGAGACGCAUCAAGGAUGCCGGCACUUCUCCCCCACUUGGGUCUUUCCUAUCCUGUCUCCAUAGAGAUCUGGAUGACCCCUCAGGACUUGGAGCCCAGUCCAUACAUCAUGAGGAGGAGAGGAACAGGAGAGGACAAAGUCUUGACGACGUACCACGAGAGCAACAGUGGUCAAGAUUUGUGGCAGAUGUUGCCAGUCCUUACAUCAGUGGCCUGAUUCAUCACCUGGAGUGCAGGUUCGAGAAUCUGAAUCUUCUUGGGGCCUUCAGUGUGUUGGGACCACAGGCAACUUCACAAAGUGAUGAGCAGAAUAAUGCCCACCUUAAGAUCCUGGCCAACAAGUUUUUACCUGAGAAUGAGAUCAAUGUCAUUCAGGAGUAUCAGUCCCUCAGAGAGCAUAUCCACAGAGGACAAUUCAAGGACAAGAGCCAGGCUGACAUACUGAGACUCCUAGCAAGUGAGUGCGACGAAUGGGGGCUGAUAUACCCAUUACUCAGCCGCUUAGCAGCCAUUGCCCUUGUUGUGCCGGUGUCAAGCGUGAAUUGUGAAAGAGACUUUUCCACAAUGAACAGGUUGUUUGCCAUUUUAGGUCAAAACAGACCUCCGUAACAGACUUCAGGGAGAGCACCUGGCUGCCUGUUUGAGGAUCUCUAUUAACGGGCCAGAACCUGAAGACUUAAAUUACCAAAGGGCACUUGAACUGUUUUUCUCAAAGCCAAGAAAAAUGAAAUGUUCUAGCGCAGGGUGUCAUAUCUGUAAAUAGGGUGGUUGCUAUCUGUAAUAUGAAUAAAUACGCCAAG